AGAGCGGGCCGGGGGCUGGCGGCGGCGGCAGCGGGGCCAUGGCCGCCGACGUGUUCAUGCGGCCGGCGCAGCUCCUGGGCGCGGCGGGGCCGCUGUCCCCCCGCACGGAGCCCGACGAGGACUCGUCGGACACCGACGACGGCGGCGCUUCGCCCGGAGGAGGGCGGCGGUGCGGGCCGCGGCGGGGGCAGCCGCCGGGCCCCCAGAUCAUCCAUUCGGGCCACUUCAUGGUGUCGUCGCCUCACAGCGAGCACCCUCCCAAGAAGGGCUACGACUUCGACACGGUCAACGAGCAGACCUGCCAGACCUACCAGUUCGGGGCGGCCCGGGGGGGCGGCGGCGCCGGGGGGCGGCUGAGCAUCGACGCGUCCCUCACGAAGCUCUUCGAAUGCAUGUCCCUGGCCUACAGUGGGAAGCUAGUGUCUCCAAAAUGGAAAAACUUUAAAGGCUUGAAACUUCAGUGGAGAGAUAAAAUCCGUCUCAAUAACGCCAUCUGGAGGGCAUGGUACAUGCAGUACCUUGAGAAGCGCAAGAAUCCAGUGUGCCAUUUUGUGACUCCCCUGGAUGGCUCUGUUGAUGUAGAUGAACAUCGUCGGCCAGAGGCCAUUGCAACAGAAGGAAAGUACUGGAAACGAAGGAUUGAAAUCGUCAUCAGGGAAUACCACAAGUGGAGAACAUACUUCAAGAAAAGGUUACAGAAACAUAAAGAUGAAGAUCUGUCGAGUUUGGUCAGGGAUGAUGAUGUGGUUCUCUGGCAAAAAAGAAGAUAUAGUAGAGAAACCCCUGUCCCUAUGGAGGAGGGCAGCCUCUUGGAUGCGGAUAUGCUUAUGUCUGAGUUCACCGACACCCUGUUCUCCACGCUGUCUUCACAUCAGUUGGUUUCCUGGCCAAAUCCCAGGGAGAUAGCGCACUUAGGAAAUGCUGACAUGAUUCAACCAGGGCUUAUUCCCCUCCAGCCAAAUUUUGAUUUCAUGGACACUUUUGAGACUUUUCAGGAUUUAUUCACACCUAGUCGUUCCAGUGCUUAUUUCCCUUCUGUGUCUGCUGUCAGUUCAGCUACAACAGACAGCAGCAGUCAUUCUUCUCAGUCUCCUGUCCUGCCAUCGGGUUCACUGCCCAACACACUUCCAUCUGGGAACAUCAGCGAUGGACUGAUUGCUUCCUCAGUACCUUCUCCUGUCAUUCCUGAUGUUGGCACUGACCAGUGUUCCAGCAUUAGAAGUGGGGGAUCUUUCAUCCAGCCAGCAGACUUUGCUCCUGACUCGUCUCUGAGUGGGCCACAGACUUUUUUGCCAGUGUUUCAGACACCUUUGCCACUGCUUCAACCUGCAACACAACAGCACCAGUCCCCGUUGCCAGCAGUGCCUCUGAAUACUAGCUUAAACUCUCCACCAUCUGCUUUUGCAGCACCAGAAACCCAAAAGUUUGGCCUCUGUGAAUCUACGGUUAUCACCCACACAGCUUCUGCAACGCUGACGCACAAUGCCCCUGCCACCACCUUCAGCCAGAGCCAGAACCUCGUCCUGGCAACACAGCAGCCAGGAGCAGGAGUGCCUUGUAACCUGGCUUUCCAGACUACUGUCCUGCAGGGACAGCCUCGACCCCAGCUGCAGUCCCAACUGACGUUUGCACUCCCCAAACCUGUUCCCCUGGCUAGUGCUGGGACAAGGCCCAAACAGUCACAAAAAAUAGCAUCUGCUCCAAAGCCUGAAACAGUGUCCUUAGUGCUAAAGAAUGCCUUCAUCACCCCAGCUGCCUUUCAGGGACAGUCCAGAGCUGUGAUUGUAACUCCCACACCUUUAAAAAGAGAGGGGAUUUUGACGCCUGCCAUGUCUCAGUCUAAUGUUGCAAUUGCACCAGCUGGAAUUGCCAGAGCUCCUGGGGUGGCAGAGUUCCGCAGUAACAUUCUGGUUGGUCCAGCACAGCAAGCGUCAAGUAGUCAACAAAGCCAGUCCACGGUCUCACACCUCUUCUCUACUAAUGUAGUCCAGGAUGUGCUGGUGAAAGGAGAGCAAAUCCCUUCCCACAGUAGCAGUUCACAAGUUCCCUCACCUACACCUAGCCGAGACUGUCAGAAUUCUGGCCAGGCUUCCCCUUGCACCUCAGAGCAGAGCCCCAGUCCACAGUCUCCUCAAAACAGCUGCUCAGGAAAACUUGCCUCUGAUUCUCCAAUGACUGCACUUAAGACUCAAAGAAUGAAGCGUAUUUCAUCAGAACAGAAACGAAGGUUUAAUAUCAGGAUUGGCUGCAGUACCUUGAACACCUUGGUUUCAGCAAACUCCAAGUCGAUCAGCCAUGCAAUCACUCUCCAGAAAACAGUAGAAUAUAUCGCUAAACUACAGCAGGAAAGAACACAGAUGCAAGAGGAAACCAGGCGCCUUCGGGAAGAAAUCGAGGAGCUAAACGCUGCCAUCAUUUCUUGCCAACAGCGACUCCCUGCUACUGGUGUUCCAGUAACACGACAGAGGUUUGACCACAUAAGGAGUAUGUUUGAUGAGUACGUGAGAAAUAAUACCCUUCAGAACUGGAAGUUCUGGAUUUUCAGCAUUAUUAUUAAGCCAUUGUUUGAGUCCUUCAAUGGAAUGGUUUCGACAACAAGCUUUAAAGAUCUGAAUCAAACUGCAAUAGCCUGGUUGGAUCAGCACUGUUCCCUCCCUGUUCUGAGGCCAAUGGUGUUGAGCAGCCUUCGGCAGCUAAGUGUAAGCACCUCAGUUCUGUCAGAUCCAUCACGCCUGCCAGAGCAAGCCACUGAGGCAGUCAGCAGGACAAAUGAAACAGCUGGUGAAACCUAACAACCAAAGACAAGGAGUUACUUGUACAAAGGGUGGAGAACAUGCCAGUCUAGCAGCCUGGUGAGUCUCCUUUCAGUUGGUGCACUUUAGAAAGAAUUCUCUCCAUCAUCAAGAUGUUGUUUGGAGCAUCUGGCUCUGCCUUCAGGAUUUGUUGAAGUAUGGUGCAACGUUGUUUGUAACAUCUUGAUUCCUCUUCAGUGCUGUGCUCUACUCCAUUAAGUGAGAACACCAAGCUCAGGUAAAUAAUAGCAGGAUUCAAUCCUGCAGGCAGCAAUAUAUCUCCAUCAAUGCAGCAUGCAUCUGUAUGCAACGAACAUCUUUCUGGAAAACAGCUUCCAGUGCUAAGUUCUCUUAAAUGUAAAUCUUGUACAUCAAAGAACGUUCCCUCGGAGGGGAAAAGUACUUUUAGUUUUGGUAAACAAAAUAUGCUUUUUAUUUUGUUUUCUGGUGUUCAGUUCCAUUUGUUUUACUUGAAAGGUAAAAAUUAAAAUUGAACAAGAUCACUUUAAAAACCAAAGGAGAAGAAUAAUCUGUCAGUGAUGUCAACUUGUGGAAAAUACUAGAAUUAAAAUCUCAGGCUGUGUUUUGUGUAUUUUAAUUUUAAUGAGUGUACCGUUACAUAUGAUCAGCUUCAAAACAUGCUUUAUUCUCUAGAAAUAAGGUAGUUCAUUUUUAUUAUUUUUCCUGAUACAGCCAUUGCAAUAAAUUGAUGUGCAGUAAGUGCAAGAAAGCAGUUUUAGCUUGCAGAUUCUACAGUCAGGAUAGACACAUGAAUUUCAUAUUCAUUUAAUCUGUUUUCUUGCACUCUGAGGAGUUCAUCUGCCUUCCUCAUAAAAUGUGCACGUGUAAAACACAUCCAUAGAUCAAUGUCAUAGUGCUUCAAAGACAAAACUUCAGUUCUGAGAAUUAAGUAGUUGGCUUUUAUGUUAUCUCAGAAACUGUAGCAAACCAUGCUAGCUUAUAGUCAGUUCUUAGUUUCUUUUGUCUUCUUCGCCUACUCUUUUUGCCUUCUAUUUAAAAAACCUGAAGGACUUAGCCAAGUGUGGUCUGUUUGGGACAGUUACGUUCAAUAUAAAUUUUAAAACUUAUAAAGAUAUACAGUAUUUCUAAUUUUAAACAUAAUAUUUUUCUGUUGGAGACUCUGCAAGUACUGUCCUUUGCUGUAGAUAAGCUGAGUCUUGUUACAGUUGAUAGUCUGUCCAUUCUUAGACAAAACUGGAAUAUUCAUUCUGGCCAGUUGUUCAUAUUUGGCCUGGAACGAUCCUGUGACCCACGUAUUUCCACUUCUUACUUGAUUCUGAUAUUUUGGAACUAUGCAAAGUUUCCCUGGUACUCCUCCAAGUAGUUUUCUGACAAUUUGAAAAACAGGCUGUCUGCAGGUGUUGGGCAGGCUAUCACAGUGCAAACAUGAAGAGUAGCUACAAAAUUUGGAUAUUACACAUUCAGAAAUGGAGUCAGUAAUACUGUGUUGAGCUCAAUCCUUCCGACUUAGUGAGACGAACUUUAAAAAACAGCAGUAGGGCAUCAGCACUAGGCACAGAGAGCACUGGGUUUUUUUCCUUCUUGUCCUGAGUUAUUGAAGCUACUGGCUUUCAUUGCAGAGUUUUCUUACAUGUGAGCAGGACUGUAACAAGAAGAAUACAUCAACAGACCCCAGGGUCUGUUCCCGGAGCAGAGAUACUGUGAGUUGUGGAGUGGGGGAGCUGGAAGGGACUUCCAGGGCUGGUGAUUUAAUAAAACAGUGUAUAAAGACUGUCAUAGCAAUUAGUGAAUAGUUUUUCUAGGGAGGGCCCAUAUCCAGGUCUUUCAUAGAUUUUAUUUUAUCAAAUAAGUAAUAUUAUUUUGGAUGCAUCUGGAUAAAAUAUAUUGGAACUAGAUGAUCUUUAACACAAGCCAUUCAAUGAUUCUAUGAGUUAUUGUAGGAUAAUUUUUUAAUCGAUACUUCAGUUCUCCUAUUUUUAUCACUGUCUGUGAACUUGAUUCCAGUGAAGUCACUUAACACUGUGAUUUGCUGGGGAGUGUGCCUCAAGUUCUUUACUGGGCUAUCUCACUGAUAUGCCUAGAUAUCUACAUGCAUAUUUGCAUAUUAAAAAUAUGUAUCCAGUUUUCUAGAAACACUUCAUUAGACAAAUAGUCCAGGAAUAGAUCCACUUGUGUUUUUGCUAUACUCAGAUGAGCAUGUUCUGAGUGACUCCCUUGCAUUAUUCUCCUGCUUGUCAGGCAGUGAUUGUGCCUGAUUUUUACCGUGUUUUUAACCACAUCUUGGAGUUGUGGUUGCAGUUGUAUCAAUGAUGUCUCAACAAGCAAAGUGUGCAGUGCAGCCAUGCCUCAAAGCCCAGGCAAAUAUGAUGACUUCUAAACUUAGAUCUUACUGAUUGGAAUCUCACUGACUGAAUUGGAAGUCAAAAGGGACCUUAAAGGAGUAGGAAGGGUGGGAAGUAUGAGUGAACUGCUGCAACUUUUACCCAUUAAUGGUUUUGAUGCGGAUGGAAAAAACCAUCACAUUGUACUGAGUUGGUUACAAUUGGAGGGGAAAGUGCUUAUUUUAAUAAUUUCUGGUGGAGAAAAAAAGCUCAUGUCACUUUGAAAAGACCACAAAUCUUAAUGAAGUGUAAAGGGAGAAAAUCAAGUCAGAGAUUGCUUACUUAGGCAAGAGUGUAGGAGGGAGGGAAGGAAUAGUGAAAAGAGAUAGUUUCCACGUAGUGCAAUUACCAGAAAUGAUGUGGUAACUCUUUGAAGCAGUGAUUCAGUGUAUUUUCAUCACCCAGUUGUUGCAAAUCAGAAUUUUUUUCUCUUAUCCGUUAGCUUUGUGAGGGUUGUGAUUUCUCUUCAUAUGGAAACACAGGAGGAUAAAGCUAUCAUAUAUCUCAUCUCUGCACAUAGAAGUUCUGAGGAUUGGUAUGAAAAGGAAUAGACUAUGUAUGUAUUAAUUCUUGCCUAGAUUCCUAAUUGCUUAUAUAUUUAAGCCGCUUAGUCUUUCUGCCUUUCCUGAUUGAGGACUCUAAAUAAUAUAUUUCAGCUUUAACAACAACAACAAAAAAAAAAACAGCACAAAAAGCCAGAACAACUCAGUACCACUUUCUUCUCUGACUUAAGCAGUCUAACUUCCUGUGUCUCACCAAAGUACAUUAAGCGAGCAAAACACACUGUGCCUAUAGUCUACAGAGUUACAGAUGAUGCAUAUCUGUCUUCAGGUGGUUGGUUCUGGACUUACAAAGAAUUCCUGUAUGAGCAAAUAUGACUCAUUCAGUCAAAUCCAACAUAUUUUGCUUAACAGGGGCAUGGCUAGAUAAAAUAUUUCUUGCCUGUGAUACAUGCAAGGUCAAAUUGAGGUUGUCUAGUGGUGCCUUCUGACCUUGAAUUAUUUUAAUUAGUACAUUGUAGAGGGUCCCCUCCCUAUACACAAGUUCUAUAGAACUUGUUAUCUGAUAAACUUAGAAGGAAGUAUAUAAAUCUAUUUACAGGAGGGAUAAGCAGGAAAAGUCCAGGAGCAAACUAUAAGGAAGAAAUUGGUAGUAAAGAUGAAGACAAGUCCUUGCUUCAUCUGGACAGACUAAUCUCUGCACAGAAACUGGAUUCGCAAUUAAUACCAGUUGAUCCAAUUGCUGUAUUUUUCCAUGCUUUUCUAGACCACCAGGAAAGCCUUUCUUCAAGGCAAGCUUACUAGAAUGCUACCACCUGUGCCUUAAUAUCUUGGGGUCCUGUAUUCAUUUGAUGUCUUACAUUCUUACCCCUGAUUUGAUGCUACGUGGAAAAUUUGGUGAAAUGGCAGAACAAGGAUUUCCUUGUUGUUAAGAGAGUGUGUUGUCUGCGUGGCAUUUUGGAGGUUGUGUGCUGAAACUGAGGUUGUUUUCCUAUUUCUCUUCCAAGUUAUAUACCUCCAUUUCAGAGAUCAUUUACUUUUGAAGGCUUUCUUGUAUGGGACCCCAGUACUGUUUCCACAAUAGCUAAGGCCUCAGCUUUCCUUUGGUUUCAUUCUUGGAUGGAUUUCACGUUUAUUUUUGGUGUUAGAGCAGAAGUGGUAGCACCAAGUUGUAGAUUGAUCUGUAAAAUUUGAUUCAAUUGCAAGGAAAUAACACCCAGGUAUAUAAAAGACUUUCUAGCCAUUGUCUGAUUUGCUUUUAUAUCUGAACAUUCCCAACAUGAAUAGAAUUUUGAAUCAAAAUAUAUCAGUUAGGAAUAAUCCUCUUAAUUAACAACACGAUGAACAAAUUGCUUAUUUUCUUCUAAUCUUGUAUUUAAAUGUAUUUAAGUGAAUGGAGUCCAUUCUUGUUCAAAAAAAAAAAGCUUGGAGGUUUGAGGACUUCAGGUUGUACUUUUGCUUUGCCUAGGUUUCCUGUUCUGUUGCAUGACACAACAUCUGUUGUGCUGUUGAUAUGUAGCACUUUUCAGUAGGUCUGUUAUAUUGUGCAAUGCAUUUUUUAUAUUUACGACAAAAACAAUAAAGGUUAUUUUUUGGAAGAAA